AACAGACUGAACUGUUUUAAUGAGGAGAAGAAGAAGAAAACUACCCCCCCCCCCUCCUCGUCUGUUUUGAUUGGCUGUAAGUGAGAGGUUUGAAUGUAAACAGGAAGUAGCCGCAUCAGCAGGAUCAGAGUCAGGAUGUGGAGUAAAAACACACACACACAGAUCCUGUCCUAAAAUAACACACACAUUCAGAGAGAGCACACAGGCAGUGAUGUGUGUCAGUGUUUACUCUGUCUGCACACACACACACACACACACACACACACACACACACACUCACACACAGUCUCAGUGUGUUGAUGUCAGGAGUGUCUAAAGGUUCAUCAUCAGUUUCUGUGAUCAGACUCUGAAUUAUUUUAUUAUAAAAACAUCAGACCAAAUUAAAACACCUUCUAUUGUAUUUUAUUGAUCAUUAUUGAUCGUAUCAAACUCAGGUGGUCUGCUGAUUUAUCUGAGCUUUUAUUUUGAAAAUCCUCAGAGACCGAAACUAAACAAGCAGCUGAGAGAAGAAAGGAGGUCAGAGUGAUCUACAGCUUUAAGAGAGACAACAUGGCCGCCUGCUGGAGUUUAAUACACACACACACACACACACACACACACACACACACACACACACACACACACGCGCGCGCACACACACACACACACACACACACACACACUCCUAUAACGCUGCUGUUCACUCUGCAGAGGCUCACACACUAACCUCAGUGUUUUAAUAAGAACCUCCUCCUGCAGAAAUACACACUGUUCCAUUCACACACACACACACACACACACACACUGACCCUGUGUGUGUGUGUGUGUGUGUGUGUGUGUGUGUAACUUCAUAAACCGGUCCUUAAAUGUCACACAGUCUGCAGAAAUGAUCCACAGUCCCUCAGAAUGAACCUGGACCUGAACCCUUAGACCCGCUCAGAGACCCGCCCAGUCUGUCACAUGACCUCUGGGUCUGAGAGAGUCCACCAUCAUGGACCUGGACUCUGGUUCAGGAACUCUGAGACCAUCACAUCUUCAUCCUCAUCCUCAUCGGUCUGUUUGAUGGUCUGAUCUCUGUCUGACCAGGUGAGCAGCAGGGGGGAGGAGCCAGGAGCAUGGAGGUUUACCUGCCGUCCAUCACUCCACAGGAGGAGGAGGAGCACCAGGAGGAGUAUCAGGAGGAGGUGAUGGAGGAGUGUCUGAGUGCAGCAGCAGCAGAUUCAGACUCUUCAGUCAGCGACCGUUUCUGAAGGAGGUGAAACCUGAGGAACACGCCGCCGCCGCCAUCAGCAACAUCACGCCGCCAUCAUCCAUCUUUGUUUACUUUAUGCUGACGUGAUGUCACUCAGUGCCUGAUGAUGUCAUACAGACAGGUGUUUGACCUCUGUACAGGAGUCCUUUUUGACUUCCUAUAACCUUUGACCUCAUACCUGCUCAGGUGGUACUGAGCGUGUUGUCAUGACGACCUGAGCCUGUGUGACUGUGUGAUUGUUUUUAAUAAACAGAGUGUGUGUCUGUGUGUGUGUGUGUCUGUGUGUGUGUGUGUGUGUUUCAUCUUGUGGUUAUUUUCAGUGAAAACUGUCGGAUUGUUGAUCCAAGGUUCUGAUUGGUCGAGCUCAAACAGGUGUGAGUGAUGACAGGGAGGGUCUCUGAAUCCAGACUUAGACUCAGACUCAGACUUUGUUCCUGCAGAAACAUUCAAGUUUGUCAGUAACUGAAGAUUUAAUUUAAUAAUCAGUAAAACUUCCCCACCAUCACACACACACGUAUACACACAUACACACACAUGUAUACACACAUACACACACAUACAUGUAUACACACACACACACACACACACCACUAACUGUGUGUGUUCAGAGGUUGUAUCUCUCUAAUCCUACUUCCUGCUUAUAUAAACACAGUGUGUGUGUGUGUGUGCUGAUGUCAGCUCUCUGCUCUGUGUGUGUGUGAAUAUGUUCCUACAGUUCAGAUUUGUAGCUCCUGAUCACUAACUCUCUCUCACACACACAUGUAGACGGUCUGUGUGUGUGUGUGUGUGUGUGUGUGUGUGUGUGUGUGAACUCUAACUCCGAUCUCUCGGCUCUAAACUUCAUCUUUCCUCAGACUCUCUAUUAAAGGGGAGGUUUCAGUGCGUUGGCGGGUCGUCAUGGUAACAGGCCUCCAUCUUUGUCUUUGUUCAUCUGAGACUGACUUUCAUGAAACGUUCAGAAGUGGAUUAUUUUUAAAAAGACACCUGCACACACACACACACGCUGACCUGUGUUUCCAUGGUAACACAUCACCUGCAGCAGCAGCAGGUGGACUCCUGAGAGAGUCAAAGUCUCUUCAUCAGAAACAAACUGAAAAAGGAGACAGAUCAUCCUGAGAGCUGCUGGGGGUGCACCUCUGAGCCCCUCCCCCUUAUUUAAUGUGGAUGACUCUGAGUUCUGACAUAAUGAAUCAGCCAACAGUCAUGAAUUCAGUUUGACCUAAAAACCUGAAUAAUCUGUUUGUUUUGACUCAGAGACAAUAAAGAAGUUGAAAACGGCCGAGCUAAUCAGCUGAUGAGUUUAUAAACAACAAACUAAUUAUUACAGACGAUCUUUAUCUUUACAUGUUCAAAUGUCUGAUGGUGUGAAAGUGUGUGACAUCAAUAAUCAGGUUUUAAUGUUUUUAUAUUAAUAAACAUAUUUAAAUAUUUUUUUCUUAAAAAUCAUAUUUAAAUAUUUUUAUAUCAAUACUCACUGGUGUGUUGUUGUUGUUGUUGUUGUUGUUGUUGUUGUUGUUGUUGUUGUUGUUGUUGUUGCUGUUGUUGUUGUUGUUGUUGUUGUUAUUGUUGUUGUUGUUUGUAAAUAAUCAUGUUUAUUUCUGAGGGUCUUUAACAGUCUGAGUUUAUAGAAGAGGAACCUGGAGGACUUUAGGACCUGGAGACAGACGGACUGUGGAGUGGGAGGGGCUGAGGGGCUGAGGGGCUGAGGUAUCAAGUAUGCACUUAUCAACACGACCCUACAGGAAGUGAGGGGAUCAUCCUUCACAAUAAAGUUCUGGUUUGUUGCUUUAGUAAAAAAAUAAUAAAUGUAAUAAUAAAACAUAAAAGAAGAAAA